GGAAUUCAAUGUGGAGCACUAUUCCAAAUCAAGACGUUGAUCGAAAAGCACCAUACUUAACGCGCGCGCGCAUCUUCUAUCCACUGAAGCUUUCGAUAGAAAAUUAUCAGUGAUUUUAGUGCAUUUUCGAAUUGGAUUUUUUUCUCUUAUUUAAAGCAACUUUAAAGAACGUUAUACAAUGAAACUCUCGUUUCUUUUGGAGUUGCUGCUGAUUUUUAUUAUAAUUGCUUUUGCUGCAUCAAAGCCCAUUGAUUCAGAUGGACGAGCUAUAAAAGGACACAAGAAACAUGUUGCCUUGAGACAGCAGGCUUCCUCUGCAGCACCACCAGUUGCUGCUGCUGUCGAAGAGGAAGAAGAUGACGAUGAUGAAGAUGAAUUUGGAUUAGACGAUGAUGAUGACAGUGAUGAGGACGAUGAUGAGGACAUCUUGGGAUUCGGUGAUGAUGACGACGAAGAUGAAGAAUCCUCUUCAGACGGAGUACGAGAUCCUGAAGAGGGCGAAGAAGAUGACUUAGAUGGAGAUGAGUUGGGAAUUCUCGGUGAAGACAUCUUUGAUAUCUUUGAAGAUGAUGAUGACACACCACCCAAGAAACCAUCAACUGCUGCUCCACCAGCUCCUGCGGCUCCAGUUGUAGCAGAAGUUGCUGAAAUUCCUGUUGAAGCUGCUGCAGCUAUUCCGGCAAAAUCAACCAAAAUCAAGAGAAAACCCGGUCAGAAAAAACCUAUCAGUUCCAAACCAUAUGGAGAUUCUCUUACCAGCGCUGAGGACAGCAGUCAAAUGAGCGAUGAUAGCCUGAAAUUACCUCAUACUGCCGUUCUUUUGGCACAGUCAAUGGCCAAUGAACAAACUCAUGUUCCUGAAUUCAAGCCAUUCAUCCAAACCACAAAGCAAGAGAUCCAGGAACAGGAAGACUCUAUGGCUGAGGCUUUCAAGAGUGAACCCAUUAAGGAGGAUAUGUCUGAGAAUGAGGAAUCUACUGAAAGUGCCAAAACACCAAGCACAUCUCCCGCCAAUGAAGAUUCUAAAGAGGCCAAUAAAAUCGACACCACGGUCCCAGACAAGAAAAUCACGAAGAAAAAGGACGAAGGUAUUAUUGAAGCAAUGACUUCCUUCUUGGAUGACGAAGAGGAUGAGGAUGAGGAUGAGUAUCUCAAUAAAAAGAAUCCCAUUGAGAAGGAGGACGAAGAUGAAGAUGACGAAGAUGAGGAGGAUGAGUCCAAAGAGGAAGAAGAGCCUGAGGAUGAUGAGGAUGAGGAGGCUGAGGAUAGUGCCGAGAGAGAGGAGGAUUCUCCAGAUGCCAAUGAAACUGAGGACAAUUUAGUAAAUGAAAGCAAAAAUCCGAGCCAGAAAAAGGAUAAGAAUGACUUUGGCAUUGACUCAAUUGGCGAAUCUCUCGGACUCUCCAGACGAUUGAGAAUAAAACGAAAUUAACAUAGCAUUAGACAUUCCUAGCAUUAACUGUAGUCGUUAAAAUAAUUUAUUUAUUUGUAUUCCUCUAUUUAUUUAUUUAUUCCGUCCUCUUCUCGUACCUUUCGACACUUCUGUGAAAAAAAUCUGGAACACUUCCUCCAGAGUCGCGCUACUUAUAAGUAAAAAAAACUUAAUUUUUGUAUUGAAUAUUUUUGAUACUGAUGAAUAAAAAAUAAGAAAUAAGAUUUAAAUAAAAAAAA